CUGAAAGGUCUGGUCGCAGAGGCAGGAACGCAGCAUCCUCAGCGUGCUCCAUCCCGGCCGCGACCUCCUGCGCUCGGCGGGGCAGCGAGCCUCCGGACAAGAGCCCCUUUGCUUCUCGGAGAAGCCUGAUGAAGUCCUCCGAUAUCGAUCAGGAUUUGUUUACAGACAGUUACUGCAAGGUGUGCAGCGCACAGCUGAUAUCCGAAUCCCAGCGGGUGGCCCAUUAUGAGAGUCGAAAACAUGCAAGCAAAGUCCGACUAUAUUACAUGCUGCACCCCAGGGACGGUGGCUGUCCUGCCAAGAGGCUCCGGGCAGAAAACGGAAGUGACGCUGACACAGUGGAUAAGAAUAAAUGCUGUACACUCUGUAACAUGUCCUUUACCUCAGCCGUGGUGGCCGACUCCCAUUACCAAGGCAAAAUCCACGCCAAAAGGUUAAAACUGUUGCUAGGAGAGAAACCACCAUUGAAAACCACAGCAACACCCCUGAGUUCACUUAAGGCCCCUCGAGUGGACACGGCUCCUGUGGUCACACCUCCCUAUCAAAGGAGAGACUCAGACAGAUACUGUGGCCUCUGCGCAGCCUGGUUUAAUAAUCCUCUGAUGGCCCAGCAGCAUUACGAUGGCAAGAAACACAAAAAGAAUGCAGCACGGGUUGCCUUACUAGAGCAGCUGGGAACAUCGCUGGAUCUGGGGGAACUGAGAGGUCUGAGACGAACUUACAGAUGUACCAUCUGCAGUGUGUCGCUCAACUCAAUAGAACAGUACCACGCACACCUGCAAGGAUCGAAACAUCAGACCAACCUGAAGAAUAAGUAAUGAAACCAUCAAUCAAAUGCUAAGAAGAGAUGCCAGCAUUUCUCUGGGGCAGAGAACUGCUCACGAACCAAAAGAGGAUCCUUUCUUGAGCAAUGAAUAACUUCUUACAAGGAUUCACAGAUUAACACAUGACCAAUCUUGAUUUCUGGAAGUAGAUAAGAUUUCUUUUUCCUAUUUAAUUUAGUGGAAAAUUAUAUUUGGAUGAGUUUUAAAGAAUCCUUUCCUGGUAACAUGUUUAGCACAAGUUCUAAACUGCAAUCACACAGCAGCUAGUCGGAGCAUUAUUAGAACUUACACAGAGUGGAAACUUUAAUUUCCUAUUUAUUCUAGAUUUCCUUAGAGUUACCAUGAUUCUGUGAGACACCUCAUGGCUAUCAUGUAAGUCUCCCAGAUCCAUUAAUGAGUACACUUUUGUCAUCAUGGGGAACAUAAUUGGUGACAACAUCUGCAGUAACAGAACACAUUAUGGUUUGUGGAAGUUAUAUAAUGGACAAACUACUGGUCCUUCUUUC